AUGCGCUGGAGCCCCUUUGCCUGGGCCAUUGUUGUCAGACUAGGACUCGCUGCAGUCCCUAAGAGAGAUCAAUUGACGACAAGUCUGCCUGCAAGCAAUGGCUUCAUUAGGCCCAGCCUUGGCCUCGACAGGUCAAAAAAUUGCUCUGUGAACUGCCAGUCAGACCAGUUGGCUAUGACAAACUUUCAUUGGCUGGAGGCCACAGUUACGGAGACGAUCAUAGCCGAAACGAUAGUAACUAUCAUUAAUCCCCAGAAGAACCGCUCGAGGUGUGGUUCAAAUGUUUCUUCGAUAGUUUCACCAGAUCUGUUCUCGGAGACUGCCCUUUUCCUCACCGAGACAUCAACGUCAACAGAGAAUGAUGACGACGAUGACGAUACGUGGACAGAAAGAACUGAACUCCAAUCAAAUGUGCCAUCCUCGCGAAGCACGGAAGUCUUUGCUGCAGAAAGCCCGUCUAUCGACAUAAAGCCUUCCGAAAGUUCAAUCACAGCGCCUGCGGUUCCUGCAGGAACUUUGGCGACAGCAGUUGCAGCGAAGACUGGAGGUCCCAACGUACAAGAUAAUAACCCGAGCUCUCUUGUGGAUAUCGAUACACAAGCUUUACCAGACACUGUCGACGAUAGUUCAGACUCACCGAGUGCAGACUCCGGUAUUGGCAAGACUGCUGAUGCAACGACAAUGAGUGAGACUGUUGAACCAAAGAAGCACUCGAUCGACGGAAACGUCGACAGUGCUGUGGAACCAGGUAUUGGUUUCCUCAGGACACCGGACGGCCCCUCAGCACCUGCCGUAUCAUACAGCCCUUCAGCGUUGGUUACAUUCAAUGGCCAAACACUUACCCAACUUUCUCCAUCACAAUUCAUAUUACAAGCCCACACCCUUGAUCUACCAGUUGCCACCACCCUUGGUUCAGCUCCUGAUUCUACGCCCAUCGCGAUACAGAUGAAAGGGAAUGAUCUCGUUUUCUCUGUGGGCUCAUCAUCGACAGAAGUUCCACUUAAUUCUGUGCCAACAGACACUCCGCUGGGCUUCCAAUUCGGCACCAAAGCACUCACACCAGACAAAGAAGGGUUUAUCAUGAUAGCUGGACAGACUGUAAAGCCAGGAGGGUCCGCCAUUCAUGCUCAGGGCACGUCCAUCUCUUUGGCUUCAGAUGGAAGUGCUGUAGUGAUUGAUGGUAGCACACAAAGUAUUACUCGGCUCGGAAACCCCACCGCAGCAGCAGUGGCAGCGUUUGGGGAUGAUCUGAUAACCUCAAAUUCCCGUGGCGAGUACGUUGUCGGUGGAAAGACUGUAGCUGCUGGAGCACCAGCAAUAGAAGUUUCGGGCACGCCUAUCUCGCUGGCUUCAGAUGGAAAGUCAAUCAUCGUCGGGGACAAGACGCAAACACUCCUUACACCCAACGAGGUAGCGACAAUUAUGGCUUUGAAAGUUGGCGGCCAAACAGUGCAGCAAAAUAGCCAAGGCCUCUAUGUGGUCGACGGGCAAACAGUCAACCCAGGAGCGCCUGCCAUUUCUGUAUCGGGCACACCCAUCUCGCUUGACCCAGCUGGCAGUGAGGCUGUUGUCGGCGGAGUCACGCAAACACUGUCGCCUAUGCAGACACCAUCUGUAAGUCUAAAGCCGCUAGUAUUCGGCGACCAAACGAUCAGACCCGAUGCCCAAAGUCGCUACGUGAUCAAGGGGCAGACGCUCACACCUGGUGGAGCAGUCACCGUUGAUGAUACGAUAGUCUCAUUUGCGCCAAACGGCUCAGAAGUUGUUGUGGGGACAAGCACAGAAAGUCUCAAUAACCCGAGCUCGAGUGCAUCUAGCGGUCGGAACGGUUCGAGUAAUCCGAGUGGUGUGAUUGGGACUCAGCCUUUUGUUGAAAAUAGCGCCGCGGGAAAAGUAAGCCUGGAGGCAUUCAUCCUCGUGGCGAUCGUAAUGUGCAGAAUGAUAGUUUAG